AUGAAGUACCUCGACAAGUUUGUCAUGGUGUUCAUCGCCGAUAUUCUGAUCUACUCUAAGAAUGAAGAAGAGCAUGCUGAACAUCUGCGGAUUGUUUUGGGAACUCUCAGAGACCAUCAGCUUUAUGCCAAGUUUAGUAAAUGUGAAUUUUGGCUGAAAGAGGUAGGAUUUCUUGGCCAUGUCAUAUCUGCCGGAGGAGUAUCCGUCGACCCAUCCAAAAUCCAGUCCAUCAUGGAGAAGAAAGCCCCUACCAACCAAACCGAAGUCCGCGCCUUUUUAGGAUUGGCGGGUUAUUACCGCAAGUUCGUUGAGGGAUUCUCCAGCAUUGCGAGACCCUUAAAGCAGCUGUUGAAGAAGGAUAAGAAGUUUGAGUGGACCGAUAAAUGUGAGGCCAGUUUUCAGGAACUCAAAAAGAGAUUAGUCACAGCCCCUGUCUUGACCAUGCCCGAUAUCACCAAGGAUUUUGAUGUGUACUGUGAUGCAUCAAAACUUGGUUUGGGAAGUGUCCUGAUGCAAGAAGGCAAGAGCAGAUGGAUGGAACUCAUCAAGGACUACGAUCUCGGUAUUCAUUAUCAUCCCGGUAAAGCCAAUGUCGUAGCUGAUGCCCUUAGCCGAGAGCCCUGUUCGUUGAACGCCCUCAUCAAGGUUGCUCAACCCAAGCUGUAUGAAGAACUUGAGGAGUUCGGCCUCGAGUUGGUUAGCCACGGUUUCCUGGCAAAUCUUGAGCUGCAGCCUACUUUGUUUGAUCAGAUCAAAGAAGCUCAGGUGGGACAUGAAAGUAUUGAAGGAAUCAAGUGUAGGAUGGAUAGGGAAGAAGUUCCUGGCUUCACCAUUGAUGCCAAAGGAGUUUUGUGGUACAAGGGACGCCUCUGUACUCAGCAGGACCGCGCCCGAGAGAGGUGCGAUCUGCAGGAGGAUGAGAUCAUGAAACUUCACGCCCAGCUUGCUGCUGCACAGGCCGACUUGGCCAGUGAGCGCAAGAAGAGACUUGCUGCACGCCAGAAGGCUUCACGCCUGAAGGCGAAGGUGGCUUCGCUGGAGGCUCUGACUGCUCAGAUGGAGGCCACUAUUGAGGAGCUUGAGGACGACGAUGAGGAGCCUGAGCCACUGAUGCCUGAGGAGGACCCCGAGGAGCCAGCCUUCGACGUGGGCGCCCCGCCUGCACCUGAGGGUCCUGUCGUGGACCUUGACGACUUCUAG